AACGGCCGUUUUCCUUGAGCAGAGGCCGUCUUUAUGAUCGGUGAGUUCGCCUUCGUCUGGGCCCCGUAUCCUCGAAUAUUGAUUUCUCCUCGAAAACCAUCCCAUAUGCCCCGAUCAUUGCCCGAGCAUUCCGCUGGGCUAGCUGCACAUGCCUCUGGAAUCCCUGCUCACAGAGAUCGCGCUCGCGUCGUCUCUAUUCAUCUCCCGGAGGACCCGCAUUAUGAGCAGCCCAGCCCAGGAGAGUAUUGCGUUUGCGCCCUUCGGUCUGGGGGAGAUAUAUUGGAGGGCUAUGUCGCCUUUUGGCCUGCUCCCUUCAGUGACACGAUUAUCGAUGUAUGCUUUGAAGGUGCCGCAUCCUACCCGCCAGCAUUAUGUCAGCACUAUGCUAAUCAUUCAAGGCUUGUGUCGAACUUGGAUCCGCGACAGAUUCACCGGGCAGACACUGAUGAAGGGUGCCAAGUUCCUCCAACAAGUUGAUACCAUCAGAUUGCAACGACCACCAAACAUCCACCCUGUCUCAUAUAUUUCUGGAAUGCAAAGAGCGCCUUUCAGGUUCAAAAUAGCGGAGAGGCUCCCGAUGGCCGAGGAUGGCUCCGAUCCCAGACUCCGAGAGCUUUACCCAUCCAUGUGCUUGGGUGCACUUCACUGGCAACCGCUGACCGGAAAGGUCUCCAUGCAGCCAUAUGUGCUUUAUACGCUUACCGCCCGGGUAAGGGUAAAGACAACGGGUCUGCAAGAUUCCCAGCCUAGCACGACCAGGGCGAUUGCAAUCAUGCCGAGAGUACCCGCGCGACCUCCCAUCUAUACAGGCGCUUUCCCAGAGGAGUAUUCGCUCCGCUCAGUAGCGAGAGUCCGCACACACCUUUGCGGUCGCCGUAUAGGCACCCUCGAGCUAUCCGCCGACGAGCCGCAGCCCAUAAAUCUCAUGGACUCUUCCCCACGGUCUAGCACUAUCGUCGUCCUGAGAUUGUCGUUCGAACCAGCUCGAAAGGUACUGGGGCAUGCCAUUGAGCCGUACACUUGGGGUUUCAGGAUACGCACAAGAUUGCAGCGCCGGGUCUUCUACACGACAAGAAGUUUCGACGAAGAACCCACUCUCGUCGAUGCUCGGAGAAAACAAUAUGUCGGCCUCCAUACGCACGUAUUGCAGUCGGAAGAACGGGAGUAUCUCGAACUCCCGUGGCGCAUUGGCCACACUGCACCGAAUGGCACGAUCCUGUCAGCAAAUGAACAGCUGUCUUCCUGGCUUUUGAUGAUACCGAUCAUGUUUACCACCAAGAAAAGUCUCAUCCCUUCGUGUCUGACGGCGGCAGUGGCGGUUAGGUAUUCGGUGCUCCUCGACGUGAGGGUAAUAGGACCAUGGACAUUGCCCGCGCCUCUAGAGAUUCCACUGCAAGUCACCCGGGAUUCCCAACGGACAGGCGAAGAUUCAGAGAAUGGCUGCAGUGAGGCGACGGAGCCACCACCAGACUACCGGCGCCGUGUGUAUUAGCUGGCCUUUAGAGUGGCAGAUACCUAGGUAGAAC